AUGCAUGGCAUGUAUGUGGUGUUUGUGGUGUAUGUGUUAUGAAUGUCAGUAAGUGGAGGGUGUAGAAAUGAAAUUCUCCUUUGAGAUAGUUUGAAACUCAGUGAAUAAUUAAUUAAGCCUAAGAAUAAUUUCCUAAUCAGAUUUCACUUAAAUAUGUGGUAUUUGAUUUUAAGGGCCAUGGAGGAAGGUGAAAGUACACUGUCCCUUGCCCAGGAGGGAUCGUCUCUAGGGAAUACACCUCCAGAAUCUCUCAUGACAAAGGCUUCAGAGUCAUUGCCCAGAAAAGCCUCAUCUGCAGAAUCCCAACUUCCUGAGCUGGAGCCAAACUUUGGGGAGUGGGAAGGUGGGGUCUUAAUGACCUGGUCUGCGUCUGCCUGGGUGACACGGGCCCAAGUUUCAGAAGCUCAGAUGACAAAGGAGGAAAGACUCUUAGAGAUGAGAAAUAUGAACGAGAAAGACAACAAGGUCUUCGCCCCCCGCCCAGUCUGGUCCAGCAAGUUUCAGUACAUCCUGGCCCUGAUGAGCUACAUGCUGAUGCCAUCUCGUAUUUGGCGCUUUGUCUCAUUGUGGCUUCACAAGGGAGGCUGCAGCUUCCUUAUAGUGUACAUCUUAAUGUUCUUCUUCAUUGGGGUCCCUCUCCUCUUCCUGGAGAUGGCAGUUGGCCACAGGGCACAGCGUGGCAGCAUGGACCUAUGGAAGAUCCUGAGCCCCUGGUUUGGUGGUGUGGGGUACAGCGUUUUCAUGGUGUGUUUUGUCACCAACACCUACACGAACUUGUACAAUUCCUGGAUCCUCUUCUACAUGAGCCACAUUUUCUACUUCUCUGUCCCGUGGCAGCACUGCCCCUUGCAAAGCAACGCCAGCAGUUUUGAUCCUGAAUGUGAACGGGCAACAUCCUACGCGUACUUUUGGUACCAGCAGACCCUGAAAGCCUCAGACAGAAUUGAGGAUGGAGGGCCACCAGCCUCCAACCUGGCCAUACACCUCUUUUUGGCCUGGUGUUUCAUUUGUGUUUUCAUGAUCAAUGGGAUCAAGUCGUUUGAGAAGGUGCUGUAUGUCUUGGUGCCACUUCCCUAUUUCAUGAUCUCCUGCUUCCUCUUCCGGACUCUGUCAAUGGAGGGCACCGAAUAUGGGCUUAAACACCUGCUAAUUCUCAAGGUGGCAAGCAUCUACGACCUAACUAUGUGGCUCCAAGCAGGGGUCCAAGUGGUGCUAGACAUGGGCGUAGGGCUUGGCCCCAUUGUGUACCUGUCCUCUUACAUUCCCGGCUCCAACAACUGCUUGAAGGACACCUUCCUUAUGGCUGUGAUCAAGUUGCUGACCUUGCUAUUCACCUCGCCUUUGAUCUUCUCCAUCCUGGGCUUGUGGGCCACCAUAACCACACACCGCUGCUGUAAGAAGAACAGGGAGAAGCUUAUAAUGCUGAUCGCCCAGGGGGUCCUACCGCCUGAGGUGCAGCCCCCUGACCUGCAUAAAAACCCGACGUCUACCUACAAUUCCUGGCUCAACAGCCUCCUUCCACCCUUGAGGAGAGCGGUCCUCAGCAAGGUGCCUGAAUGCAACAUCCAAGAGCAGUUUCUGAAGAUUAAGGAAAGCCCUCGAUUUGUGUUUCUGGUCUUUACUGAAUUCAUCUCGAUUGUUCCUGCAUCUGCCUUCUGGACUGUCCUAUUUUUCCUGUUGCUGCUGAGUCUGGGGUUGUGUACCGUGGUGGCGUUCAUGCUGGGCAUCAUCACCCCACUCCAGGACACCUUCUCCUUCUUCAGGAGACAGCCAAGGGUUCUUACAGUGGGUGCUUCCGUGGUGAUGUUCCUGUGCAGCCUCUUCUUCAUCCAAGCGUCAGGCAUCUACCACUAUUGGCUGCUGACUGAGUACUGGAUCGCAUUGCCCAUCCUCAGCAUCGUCAUUUGUGAAAACCUUGCUGUAGCCUGGGCCUACAGGGCCAAGAGGUUCCUCAAGGACAUGACGGCUCUGCUGAGCCACCCCAUCUGCCCCAUCUGCUGCUGGCUGUGGUGCUAUGUGUCCCCAGUGGCGUUGCUCACCCUGCUAGUGGCAGUGAUCGUUCAGCUCAUCACAAAGCCCCUCACCUAUAUUGCCUGGGACUCGAACACUUCAAAAGAGAUGGUUCGUCAUUACCCAAUGUGGGCCUUGGCCCUGAUAGCCGGGCUGUAUGUGUUCAUCAUCAUCCCCAUCCCUGCUUACUUUGCGUACCGCCUCAACCUGGGGAUGCCCAUCAGGCCUCCAGUAUGCCCUAAAAUGUCAUGCAGAAGUGCCCAGACACUGAGUGAGAAAGGGGCCUCAAAGGACACUGUGCAGACCUACAAAACAAAGUCCUUAUCAGCCUGAUGGCAGAGCGGCUAACUUCCCUCAUCGGGCCAGACACCUUGCAUCUUUCACAGCAGACUCAAGAGGCAGCUCUCAACAGCAGCUUGAAGCUAUUGCCUGCUGGAUGCCCAGGGAAGGGAGGAGCCUUGGAGCCUCUGGCUUUGCAGUCCCUUCCUGGCUGGGCUCUUCCAUCGCCACUGGCUCAGUGUGGGCAUGCUCACUGCACUCCAGGCGCUGCCAGGGGCCCUGCCUCCUGCCUGUGGGUCUCACGCAGGGGUAAGGGGAGUGC